AUGAAGAAAUUUGAGUUUUCCGUCUGCUAUAUUUCACUAUUGAUUAUGUUCUCCUCCUUUUCUGUUGCGCAUAUUAAUUCAGCACCUUCUAGUCCUGCAAGUGCUUUUGGUCCUGCAGGUGCUUCUAGUCUUGCAGGUGCUUCUGGUCCUGCAAGCGCUUCUAGUUCUGAUUUUGUAAGUGCUUCUGGUCCUGCAGGUGCUUCCGAUUUUGCAAGUGCUUCUGGUCCUGCAGGUGCUUCCGAUUUUGCAAGUGCUUCUGGUCCUGCAGGUGCUUCCGAUUUUGCAAGUGCUUCUGGUCCUGCAGGUGCUUCCGAUUUUGCAAGUGCUUCUGGUCCUGCAGGUGCUUCCGAUUUUGCAAGUGCUUCUGGUCCUGCAGGUGCUUCCGAUUUUGCAAGUGCUUCUGGUCCUGCAGGUGCUUCCGAUUUUGCAAGUGCUUCUGGUCCUGCAGGUGCUUCCGAUUUUGCAAGUGCUUCUGGUCCUGCAGGUGCUUCCGAUUUUGCAAGUGCUUCUGGUCCUGCAGGUGCUUCCGAUUUUGCAAGUGCUUCUAGUUCUAGUCCUGCAAGUGCUUCUGUUCCUGUAAGUGCUUCUGAUUUUGCAAGUGCUUCUAGUCCUGCAAGUGCUUCUGGUUCUACAGGUGCUUUUGAUUCUGCAAGUGCUUUUGGUCCUGCAAGUGCUUCUAGUCCUACAAGUGCUUCUGGUGUCGCUGCUCCCAGCGAGAAAGAAACCAAGAUAAAAUGUCCCUUUGCAGCCAAGAGAGAGGCUGAAGCCAAGAAAAAGGCUGAGAAAGAGGCUGAAGACAAGAAAGAAGCUGAGAAAGAGGAUGAAGACAAGAAAGAAGCUAAGAAAGAGGAUGAAGACGAGAAAGAAUCUAAGAGCGAAGUCGAUAAAGCGAAAGAAGCCGUGAAAGAAGCAAAGAAAGAAGUUGAGAAAGCGAAAGACGCCCAUAAAGAAGCCAAGAAAGAAGCUGAGAAAGCGAAAGACGCCGUGAAAGAAGCCAAGCAAGAAGUUAAGAAAGAGAAAGAAGCCGAGAAAGAAGCCAAAAAACAAGCUAAGAAAGAGAAAGAAGCCGAGAAAAAAGCCGAGAAAGAAGCCAAAAAACAAGCUAAGAAAGAGAAAGAAGCCAAGGAAGAAGCUAAGAAAGAAGCUAAGAAAGAGAAAGAAGAAGAGAAAGAAGCUAAGAAAGAAGCUUAA